AUGGUGGAGGAGCGCCUGGAGUUCGAGCGGAAGCUUGCCGCCUUGGAGGCGAAAAAGGAGGCGCUGACACAAGACCUGGGCGCCCGGGACAAGGAGCUGGUGGCCCUGAGGGAGGAGAAGACCUCCCUUCAGGACGAAUUGAAGGCGGCCGCCUACCGCCGAAAAGACUACAAAAAGGUGGUGAGGGGCGCCCACAAGGAAAUUAGGGCACUGAAGGCGUCUCUCAAGAACUUUGCCCAUUCAGACAAGGGGCAGGAGCUAGUUGCCAAGGCGUCUCUAGAUUGCUUGGUACUUGCCAAGAGGAAGCUCGACCAAGAAUAUCCCAACAUCACCGUGGACUUCCCCGACAUGGUGAAUUUUGUAAUCCAAGAGAUGCAAAAUGACCAAGAGGAGGAGGCUGGAGAAGAUGAGGAGGCGCCUGCGGGGAGUGGAGAUGCGCCUUCCCCCCAAGGAAGUGGGUCCUCUUCGAUGGAUGACGCGUCCUCGAAGGCAGAGUAG